UUGAAGAUGCUAACAUGAAAGCAGUUGAAAAUGAAAUUUUUGAUGGUUAUGAAUAUAAUGCAAUUUAUAAUAAUGAUGGUUCGUUAGAAUUUAACAAUGAGAUUAGUUCAGAUGAGUCAUCUGAUAAGGGCGAUGAUUAUGAAUGUAAUGCAAGUUGUAAAAAUGAUAUUUCAUUUGAGUUUGACGAUGUAAAUAUUUCAGAUGAGUCAUCUGAUAAGGAGGAUGACAUAGGCAUGACAUCAAAAUGCUUUGACAUAAAUCAAAAGCUUUUAAAUUUUUAUUCAAGGUAUAAUCUGACUAGAAAUGCUAUGGAAGCUCUUUUAAAGUUAUUAAACAUACAUUAUGAUAAAAGUUUACCACUAUCUGUUAUUACACUAAAAGCUAAGUCAGGAACCUACAACCAGUCUAAAAAUUGGGUUAAAAGAAUUGAAGGAAAAAGUUCAAUGUCAUAUAUUGGUGUGAAAGACAAUUUAUUGUAUUGUAUGGACCAUCGUAAUUUAGAGUUAAAUUUAAAAAAUAAAGAUGGCAACAGUGGCAUAGUAAAGUUACGGCUAUUUUUUAAUCUAGAUGGUUUGCCUGUUUUUAAAUCUUCUAAAACUACUUUUUGGCCAAUCCUAAUGUCAUUUAGAGAUUACAAUCAUCUUGGUGUACUUUCUGUUGCUUUGCACUGCGGUGUUGAAAAGCCAAAUUUGAACGUUUAUCUUAAACAGCUGGUUGAUGAGUUGCAAACUUUGAGUGUUCCUUUUGAUUUGAAAGGACUACAAACGGUUAUUUCUGAUGUUGACUUUAUUUGCGAUACACCUGCACGUUCAUUUGCUCUUAAUAUUUUCAAUCACAAUGCAUACUACGGAUGUGGGUACUGUAAUAUCAAAGAUGAAUUAUAUUGUUUAUCUGUACUGUGACAGUGAAGUUCUAGAAUUAAAAAAUUGUGACAUAAUAAUGCCAGAGAAGCUAAAAAAUUGGUCUAUGGAUGAUUGGAGAUCUCCUGGUCAAACAUUAACGGAGGACAAUCUUCAAAUAAAGGCAAUACAUAAGGAUUGUGUAAAUGCGGCAUGCAUAUUACAGAUAAGUAUUUUAUACACCUGUUGGAAUUGAAAAAUAAGGAGUGUUUCAGUAGUAACAUUUUUUUAAAGUAAAUUAAUCUACAAAAUUGUAUUUUAUUUUAUUUUAUACGUUUCAGUUGGAAUUGAUACAAAAUCGCUUGUUCAAAAAAUGCAAAACUUUGUAUUGAAAAAAAAAUUUACCCCUAAAAAUGGACUCCUCAAACUUUUUAAUCGUGUGGGUCAAAACAAAAGGCAGAGCAUUCCACCUUUAAAUGCGAGUAUUUUUAAACUAACUCAAUAAAUUAUUUUUAUUGUAAUCAAUGCACAAAGCAUUGCAUAAAAUGUGUUGAGUAUUUAACUUAGGUAAAGUUGAGUCGAUUAUGAGCUGUAUUUAUUAUGAUUUCUUUUGUCCUUUUUUAGUAACAGAUUUUUGUAUAUGUCAAGGAUUAACCUUUUUUGGAUAUUUCCAGAAUUCUGGAAAUUUUUUGUAAUUUUUUUUUGCUGGAUAUUUAAAACAUAUUCUAUACUUAAAAGUUUAAAUACAUCUAUUUGUUUUAUAAGCUUUUUCACUCAUCACUCAUAAAAAAAUAAAGAAAAGUUUGAAAAAAAAAAUAGAAAAAACUCAGCUAUAAGCAAAAAUAAGAGGAAAAUAAGAGAAAAUAUUUUCCGGGUAUUUUACCCAAACAAAUUUCCGUUUUUUUAAAAUAUUGCCUGGACGAUCUAUGAUAUGUAUAUUGUAUAAAGCUAUGAUUGUAUAUAUAUUAAAAAAGUUAUUUUCUUUAGCAUAUUCUUACUGCAGAAUCAGAAGUAGAAAUUGAUUUUAAUACAUCAAAAAAAAAACA